ACUGCUUCACUGUUCCAUUCCUUCCUUUGCCUCCUUCCAUUGUGCCUUGUAUUCACUUCACACCUCGAAGUGCUGGUUUUCUUUGCAAAUCCACACCUUCAUACCAGGCUCGGGUCACUCCUUCUCCCAGCCUUUCUGAUUCUUUUCAUAUCGCCCACUCUGGAACAUUCGUCCUUCCAGUCUUUUUCCUCACAAGGCCUCAAGGUUCUUGCUACUGCCUGACCUCAUCGCAUACCAAAGCAAGCACCUCUGGAAGGUGUACUGUUCGCUGCCAGCUAGCCAGCCCAGCCCAGCCUCUACGUUCAAGAACAAUAGUCUUGUCUGUUGUUUCGAUUCCACACAGUCACCACGUUCCACGAGCCGGCUCAACUUAUAGGACGACACGUAUAUAACACACUGCACAUUCAGUCCUUCCUUCAACUCUGCUCCCCCGAGACACACAGCAGACAGACAGCAAAGCACACAACAUAAACACACCAAACAAGAAAGUGAAGAAACGCAAAACACACACGCACAUCAUGUAUACCCCCUCUCUAUACGCUGCCUUCUUGGCCGCUCUUACCUUCGACUCGGUCUCCGCCCACAUGGAGAUGUCUUGGCCUCCCCCGCUCCGGUCCAAGAAGAACCCCUUCGCCGGAAGCGACAUCGACUACAGCAUGACCACGCCUCUGAGCGCCUCGGGCAGCGACUAUCCUUGCAAGGGUACUCUGGGCCUCCUCGGCACUGCCGCCGCCGCUCCCGUGGCGAGCUGGCAGGCUGGUCAGACCUACAACUUGACCAUCGAGGGUGGUGCCAACCACAACGGCGGCAGCUGCCAGGCCUCCCUCUCCUUCGACGGCGGCAAGACGUUCAAGGUCGUCAAGAGCUAUGUCGGCGGCUGCCCUCCCGCCGGCACCUCAACUUACGACUUCACUCUGCCCGACGACACCCCGGCUGCCGAUGACGCGCUGUUCGCCUGGACCUGGUUCAACCAGGUUGGCAACCGCGAGAUGUACAUGAACUGUGCUGUCGUCUCCACGAAGGCUGGCGGUAGUGCUAAGCGCCAGGCCACCUCGUUCAACAGCCGCCCUGACAUCCUCGUCGCCAAUGUCGGAAACGGCUGCUCCACCACGGAAGGCUCUGACGUUGAGUUCCCGAACCCGGGCGCCAGCGUUGCCAAGGCCAACAGCAAGACUGCGCCGCCUGUGGGAAGCUGUGGUAGCGCUGCUGGCGGCGGCGGCGGCGAUACCGGCGCAUCUCCUGACCAGGGCAACGCCCCGAACCCUGGCGACGGUGCCCCUCCCGCGAGCUCUCCGUCCAAGACUGGCGCAAACCCUGUGCCUACGACCCCCGCCACCACACCCGAGCAGCCUGGAUCUGGCCCCGUCACCACUUCGACCACACUCCCUGGUGGCGUCUUCAUCCCUCAGCCCAGCCCCGAGGCACCAGAGGAGACCGUUGUCACCCCUCCCGCGGAGACUGGAAACGCUCCUCCUCCGGCAAAGCCUACCACCUUGGCAACUGUCACGACCACGGCCGGCACGGGUAGUGCUCCUAAGCCCACCUCGACCCCCGGAUCGGGUGCCGGCAACGGAACCAACGCUGGAGUUCAGAAGCCAGGCGCCGCUUGCGCCAACGAGGGACAGUGGAACUGUGUAGGAGGCAGCCAGUUCCAGCGAUGUGCUUCUGGCCUCUGGUCCGUCUUGAUGCAGAUGGCGCCUGGCACGUCCUGCGAGACGGGCAUCAGCGAAGCCCUCGUCAUGUUCAGGACCGGUAGCCGAGUCCGUCGCUUCGUCUCUCCCCGCUAUCUCGCUUAAGGCUUGACUUCCCUUUCUCGACAUACCUCUUCCACCGUAUACAGCCUUCCUCUACCGGUGACUUUGCAGGAACAGCAGCGAUUGGCGUACAUAUUGAUCAACCAUGACAAGGUCAGGCACCAGCACGUGGAUGGAGUUUUUGGGCGUUUGAUUUGCUACAUUUGCAUCAGUCUAGAGUAGUUGUGCCCUUGGCAAACCAAAUUGGGAUUAUCUUCCCG